AGAUCUAGCCGUGUAGUGGAUCAAUGUGAAUAGCGAGAUCUCACCACUGACACCAAAGAGGCCUGUAUCUACAAAAGUUAGUAGCAAGCCAUUGAGAACACCGUGUGGAUUUAAAAAAAAGGAUACUACAAAGAAAAAGUGAUAACUUGUUUGUUAAAAAAUCGCUGGAAUUAGAAGGUAAAAUAGCUGCAAGACCACAUAGUUUAUUUGUUUAUUUACUAUUUUCUUAUUUCCUUUGAAACAUGGACAUAUACAAACGUGAAGUUUUUGGCCUUGUUUCGAUAGUAAGUUUUUAUAGAGGAGCCUAUUACUAGGACGUUUGUCAGGUUCUUUACAGCGGACUUUACUAAAUUAAAGUCUACAUCAAGGACCACAAAAACAAAAAGUAUGUCCUAUUUAAACGCUGAGCUCCUCGAAAACCAUACCUCCUCCCACGGCACAUGCCUGUAUAAGGCGUAGAAGGGAGAGUGACCACGGGAUUUUUUAACAAAGACCCUUUGUUCGCCACAUAAGGAUUACUGCUUAGUCGCAUUUUGUCCAGUUAAUCAGCUUUCCUAACCCGCAAAACUUUAAGAGGUAGAAGAAAAACAUUUUGUAAAAACCCGGGGACUAACAGAAUUGCUGUUAGGUAAUCUAGGAAUUUUAGGCACGCAAAUUUUGUUUAAAGAAAGAUUCAAGUUAACUUUUUUGGCUCUUGACUUAACAACACUGUCUAAUGAAAAAUUAAGGAACAAAUGGUCGAUUAAUUAAUAACUGACCGUCAACUGUUGAUACCCAAUUCUACGAUUUGGGUACCUAUCGGAAGUCCCAAGCAAAUAUAUAAAACGGUAGAAUAAAAUUAAAUUAUCAAGACAGUCAAAAAAUGCUGGCCUGUUCCAGGCUCCAAGAUAGUAAUGUGCAGUCACGCAACGAAAAGCGCAUGGGGACCACCACUCACUUCUUAAGAUCACGCGCGUCUUUUUUUCGCUUGCAUUGGCUUACUUUCGCCGCGAUGUCCCCGACUAUCUGAGGGCCUGACACAGGCUAAAAAUUGCAAGCCGGUCGACGUCAGUGACUUGGAGCAAGUCGUUUGUACUGUGAUUAAACUCUCACAUCUCUUCUACUGUAUUUUUUUGUUCUCGUCAUAAAUUUUUAAUCUUUUCUUUUUGCCUUUUUUAUAAGGGAAAUGGCGGGUAAUAUCGUGCUUGUUUGCCUUUUCAUUCUUGGUGGAAUUGCCUGUAGUUCACUCACUGCUGAGAUUACAAAGAAAGCAGCUGUAAAGACAUCUGAUGAAAAAGCAAAGAGGGGUUACGUUUGCCCUAACAACAAUGGCGGACAAUGGAUAAAUGAACCCACCGGCCACUUCCUGUAUGAGUGUACCGGAAGUAAGAUGGAGUUUGACUCGACUCUACCAACUGUGCUAUCUGUGUCUCUUAUCUAUAUUUUAGUUUUAAAAAAUUCAGACUUGCUUUAAAUACAUUUUGUACCCUAAAAAAAAUACAAAAUACACGUUGCCAGCAAUGGACCGAUUUUGAUCUUUUAAUUUAGAAAUAAAAUUAAUUGAAAUCAGGAAAAAAUCUUUUAAUUAACGAUAACAGUUGAGCCUCUUAUGUGAAGUGGUAGAUGAUGUCGGCAUUUCCUCCCCAUGAUGAUCUUAAAAAAUAGCCAUUUAAGGUACGAAAUGUUCCAGGGGAAUAAAAAAAACAUUAAAAAAUCUUGAGAGAUUGACUUCUUGUUGGAAAUAGUUUUGUCCAAUAAUGCCACUAGCUUCGCCAAUCACUCCUACGAUUUUCAGGUGUAAUCAAAUGACGAUGAGUGAAAAUAGAAAUUUUAGUGAAAACUGUAAUGAUUUGCGCAACCUUUAGUGAAGAAAUUAUAUAAACAUUUUACUUCACCUGCUGUUAAAUUGUGUGCUCUUUCGUGUGUUUAAGUUUUCCCCACUUUUUUAAUGCCCUGAAAACAAGCUCUUGCCUGACAUCUCCUUUUUAAACCUGUCGGUCAUCGUGGCACAUAGAUAUAUUGAGCGUUAACUUAAGAACUUUGUAAUUUCACUCGAAGUUAUAAAUUAAUUCUGAAAAUUCGCUCCGAAAUUAAGGAGUAUUCGCCACUGAUAUUACUAAGGAAAUGACUUGUAAACAGACGAAACCACAGGCUAAUGGCAAGCGAUCGCAUAUGUCUCAGAUCCAAGUUGCAAAGUUGCAACCAUUAAAGAGAGAAACUUUAUGGCUGAAAUUUGAUCCUCCCUUGGCUUAAAACCUGAUUGCAAUUCAUGGUAAUUUAUUAUUUAAUAUUUAUUUAUUUUUAUUAUUUCCUCUCCUGCAGGAAAUUCAGUCACUUCCAUCGCAUCAGCGUAUGUUCAGACAAAACGCGAUCGGCGCUGGAAAAUGGGCUGCGGUUACAACAAAGCCGUCAAAUCUUGUGCGUGGACAAGUUAUAAGAACGAUUGGGAUAAGCCUCUGAGAAUUGAGUGUCCACAUUACGGAUUCAUAGCUGGUAAAUAUAAUUGAGUUUGAGAACCUUUUUGACUUUAUUCAGCUUGUUUUUAAUUCACGAACUGAACUUAUUCAUAUCUACUAAUAGUCUCAGGUUCACAUUUCAGCAGUCUGUCCUGUCUUACUGUCUGUUUAUCCGGACUCCUGCUUUGUUUAAUUUUAUCUAUUGUCACUGGAUACAUAAUUGGCCCGGGACGCGGAAAUAAGUAACACUUUAAAUUCCGUCAUGUUGGGCCUUUGCGCUAGUGGCAUGAUGCUUUGCGACCCUCGCUUAUGAUUGCUUGUCUUUCGCCCUCCUCUUGGCCAGUUCAAUUAACGGAGCUCAGUGGAAGUGACUCAGCUGAAAGUUCCGCCCCUCCGACCUCCCCUGGUGGCGGUUGACGUCGUAGACCAUCAUUAUUCAGCAUACCUAUUGUCUAGGCAUUAUGUUUCCUCCCCUAUUAACUCAGCCUGUUUCUGGACAAUUGGUAUGCAGUGCGAAUAUUAUACUUUAAACAUAUCAGUGUACUUUUUUAUUGAUUAAAUUAACUGUCCCAUUCAUGAUAUUUAAUCCUAAAUUGUAUUUCAGGCGUUGAAAGUUAUUUUCGAAUGAAGAAUUAUGACCGUAGAUUCAGGUUCAAGUGUUGUAACGACGCCAAAAACUACGAGACAACAGGAUGUGUUACGACUGCCUUCAUUAACCACUGGAAAUUGCCCCUGGAUUUUCAAGUUAAACGAAGACUUGGCUACUAUCUCGUCGGGAUGUACAGCGAGCACAAGGAAAAGUUCCAGUAAGUUGAAACAUAGAAAAGAAAUCUAAAAGAACUACGUUGUUGGCGCGGAAAAAGCAACCGUCACUGAUUUGUACCACGAAACUAAGUUUUCCGAAACGUUAACUAUUCAUAACUAUAAGAAGAGUAAAUUUCACAUUCAUCCUCUACUACCAGAAUUGUUUUUAAAAUAAAAAUGUGUCCGAGUGUCAAAAAUUAAAUGUCAUUCACCAAUUAAUAUAGUUUUUUUUUUUUUUUGCAGCGAGGCGGCGUUUUUUGUGUAGUUACUUACAGAAAGAGGAUUAUAGGCAUGCAUGAUUACGAUUUUUUGCACGCGUUUUGUAACCUAUUGUACGAGUUGUACCUUGUAUCACUUGUAAGGCCCCCUUCCCAAGUGAUGCUCUUUUCUUUAUAUCAUUCAAGCGUAUUUUACUUUUACCAAUUGAACUAAUCGCACAAAUGGUAAACAAUGAUAUUUUUUACAACUUUUACCAUUUGCAUUGAAUCUCACUGUUACAGGACUUGAACAAGUGGUGAGUAUUGGACUCAUAAAUGCUUUAUAUCGAUUCAAUUUUUCAGGGACCGCCGCUGGGAGUUUAAAUACUGCAAGUUGAAGUUCCGUCGUAAGAAAUAUUAUAAGUACCUAAAGUAACAAGAUGCCGUGUGUGUACCCUUUCUGAUCGCUAGAGUAGAAGACAAACAUUUGAAACGGACGCAUUUUUCCCAUUUUACCCUCACGAGAAGGAGCGACACAGGUGACAGCCGAAGC